GCAUCCUCAAGUUCGUCAAGCUCCAUACGAAGCCGAACACUGACGAAAAGUCAAAAAUGUCAUAAGUUAAGGCUCAGCUUUCAAUGGUCAUUGGAGUUGGUCACUGAGAUCCAUCGAAGAGGCGACCCCUUGCGAGAACAUACAGGGGAAAACGAAAACGACGGGUGGAAAGGGGAGAGCUUUGAAGGGGGUCUCUUCCGUUCAGAGUCAGCGACCAAUGAAUGCGUUAAAUAAGGACACUACUGCUUGUGCUACACGACAAGAACAAGGUCGUGAAAAUUGUUCUGAUUUGCCCGACGACAGCAGUGGAGAUCUUGUACCUGUAGGAUUUCCUCUUACUAGUUGUACAAGUACAGCCACGUCGUUACAACUAGCAUCUUUACCCAAUGUUGCAUCACCUUCUCCUUCGCCGACUCCUUCACUGACAGCGUCUGGUAGUGACGCCUCGCCAGCACACAGCGCACCACCAAGUCCACGUUCAUCACCCGAAAGGCAGAGCAGCCCAGCGCGAAGCUCGAAGGCUCCUAGAGGACGCGUCGUGGCUCUCUCGGAUCAUCAGGAUGUCGAUGUUGGUGAAGACGAGGAGGUGGUUUCAACAUCUUCAUCCGCGACCGCGACAUGCCGAAUUCCGC